GUACGUUUUCGCGCCAUGGUUUGGAGUGGAAUUGAGGCGUCGAUAGGUGCACCAAAACCUACGAGGUCAAGGGGCAACAACUCUCUCAGCCUCACCUAGAAGGAAACUUACUUAUACCAUGCAUGCAAGCUAUUUGAUCGCGCAUAUGCAGUAGUGCCCACUGCCCAGUGCUUGCGAGUAACCGGCGGCAACCCUGCAGAUUUCCGGCCUCGGCCCGAUCGACGACGUCAAGAUCAUGGCCGGGUGCACCCCGCCGCGGAAGGGCCGGAGCACGGCCGGCGACGGCGGCCUUGAGGAGGCGUGGCUGGUGGCGGAGGCGCCGGCGCCGGCCAAGAAGCUCCACGCGAGGGCUGCGGCGUGGGGCGUCGUCACCGUCAGCUUCGGCACCCGCGGCCACGGCCACUUCAACUCGUUCGUGCUGCUGCUGCUCGUCUUGUUCGUCGUCCUCGCCAUUUCGGUCACCACCACCACCACCACCACCAAGCAGCGGGAGACGACGACGACGACGGCCGCGCCGCCGCCUGCGGAUGGCGCCCGCGCCCGCGCCGGCGGGCAAGGCGAGUGCAACAUGUCGUCCGGCCGGUGGGUGUACGACGGCGCUGCGUACCCGCUGUACGAGGAGAGCGCGUGCAAGUUCAUGUCGGACCAGUCGGCGUGCGGCAAGUUCGGGAGGACGAAUCGCAAGUACCAGCACUGGAGGUGGCAGCCGCACGGCUGCGAUCUUCCCAGGUUCGACGCGGUGAAGCUGCUCGAGAGGCUGCGCGGCAAGCGCCUGGCCUUCGUCGGCGACUCGCUGAACCGGAACCAGUGGAUAUCCAUGGUCUGCCUCAUCGACACCGCCACCCCGAUGCUGCAUAAGUCCAUGGCCGGCGGCAACGACAGCUCCCUCGUUUCCUUCAGGAUCCAUGAGUACAACGCGUCGGUGGACUUCUACUGGUCGCCGCUGCUAGUGGAAUCGAACUCGGACCAUCCGGUUCACCACCGGGUGGCCGACCGCGUCGUGCGCGCCGGCUCCAUCGACAAGCACGCCAGGCACUGGGGCGACGCCGACGUGCUCGUCUUCAACUCCUACCUCUGGUGGCGCCGCCCGAGCAUGAAAGUCCUGAGGGGUUCGUUCGAGGCGGCGGCGGCGGCGGCGUACGAGGUGACCGACAGCCUGCGCGCGUUCGAGAUGUCGAUGAAGACGUGGUCGGAGUGGCUGGAGCGCCACGUCGACCGCGCCCGCACCGGGCUCUUCUUCACGAGCAUUUCUCCGACGCACCUCCACUCCGACGAGUGGGAGGAGGCGGCCGGGUCCGGGAGCGGCGCCGGCAACCACCGAUGCUACGGCGAAAUGGAGCCGAUCACGGCGGAGGGGCACCGCGGGCGGGACACGGACCCGGCGUUCGCGCGCGCGGUGGAGGCGCAGGUGGCGCGGCUGGGCGCGCGCGGCGUCGCCGUGCGGGUGCUCAACGUGACGCAGCUGUCGGAGCACCGCAAGGACGCGCACCCGUCCGUGCACCGGCGGCAGUGGAGCCCGCCCACGGCGGCGGAGCUGGAAGCGAGGGCGCGCGACCCCAGCAGCGGCGCCGACUGCAUCCACUGGUGCCUCCCCGGCGUUCCCGACGUCUGGAACCAGAUGCUCUAUGCGCACCUCGUGUCGUCGUCGUAGUAGCUAGGUGGCGGGCGGCAUACCCGCUCAGCAAUUCCGCAGCUCAUUUUCCGUUUUUUUAAUUAUUUUUCUCUACGCUUUGCAUAUGUAAUUUCAAAAUCGCAUACAUACAAGUCGACAGCGUAGUUUGUAAACCGAAUGAACACGGGGCAGCAGUAUGUACACAACACGGGCAGUUCUUGUUAUGUGAGUUGGUUUUAUAACUGA